GUACGGUGCGAUCGAUCCAUCAGUUUGUUUUCGUUCCGCAAUCGAAACGCCAGCAAAACCAAAACCAUCCGAAAUGUUCGUCACCAAGAUUCUGCUCCUCUCCACUGCCUGUGUCCUGGUCGGUGCCACGCCCCAAGGAUUUGGAGGUUUUGGAGCUCCCCAGACGGUUGAGGGUGAGGAUCUGGUCAAGGCCCAGGAAGUCCUGCAGGCAUCCCUGACGAAACUGGACGAUGGCGAAGGACCCCACUAUCGCAUCUCCAGAAUCCUGUCGGCAUCGACUCAAGUAGUUGCCGGGAAUAAGGACGUAUACUCCGUGGAACUGAUUGACAACUUUGGAGCUACUAAAGUGUGCAAUGUGGACAUUUGGUCCCGAUCUUGGCUGCCCAACGGUAUCCAGGUGACAUUCGAUUGCCCCAAUGAACCUAAACUGGUUAAAUUUCACAGUGCAUAAUCAUCUCUGAUAAAAGAGAAAGAUUAACAGCCCCCUAAUAAAGUUUGUGUUUAAGCUCCGCAAAAAACCAUUGAGUACAAUAAAAGAACAUAAGUCUUAUCAGCAAGAUGAGUGUUUCAUGAUCAAUCCAAUCAUUUAUUGCCUCACACUAUAAAAAAAACUUUGCUUUUGAAAAUUGAGAAUGUUGCAAUAUACGUAUGUACUUUUUUGUAAAAAUAAAUAGUUUUCAAAUUAUAGAUUUUA